AUGGCAAAGCUCACUACCAUCUGCUUCCUUACUCUCCUCUUCAUCAGCACUUUAGCGGAGAUCAAUGCACUUGAAGACCAGUGCACCCACUCCUUGGGGUGUAGAGGCUCUCUAUUUACAUGCCUCAAGGACUGUAGAAAGAAGUUCCGUGGCUUCGUUGGGAAAUGCACUAAGCGUCCGCUCUUGGCCGUGCCACCAGACUCGCCACCAGGCCGCUUCACAUCGCCACCAGGCCGCAGCAAAAUCGGUUGCAGUUGCUUUUGCACUUGCAUAAGCAAAAACAAGAAAGGUGGAAAAUGUUCACCUAAGGCGCCACCACCACCGCCUAAGCCACCAACGGUCUUUAAAGUCUUCCCGUGA